AUGGAUGUUGCGUUAGAGAACUACCUGCGGCUGCCGCCAAUGUCAAGAAACAUUGCGACUUGUGCAUUCGUCAUUUCCCUCGGCGUCGCGUUGAAAAUGAUACCACACAAAUAUUUCAUUUAUCACACGUUCUUCAUAUAUAGAUUCCCGCCUCAAAUAUGGCGUUUCGCAACGUCCUUUUUGAUCACAGGCUCGGGCUUGGGCCUUCUCUUUGACACGUAUUUCUUGUAUUCGUACCUCAGCCAAAUGGAAGUUGGCAAUCCUCGAUUCCCACGAAAGGAAGACCUGAUUUGGUACCUUACAUUCGUGUGUGGGACGAUUUUGGUAGCAAAUCAACUCACCGGCUUUGGUUUCAUGAUGUUCCUGCCGGCGCUUAUUUUGGCCUUGAGCUACACUGUAACCCAGGACCAGCGCGGAGCCAAGGUCAGCUACAUGUUUGUCACCAUGCCUGCCCAGAUGAUGCCGUACGCCAUGCUUGCCAUCAAUCUUCUCUUCCCAGGUGGCGUCGAUAAUAUGAUCCUCCAGCUCCAUGGCCUCUUUGCGGGGCAUCUCUUUGACUUUUUGUCGAGGACCUGGCCGCAAUACGGCGGCGGGAGAAACCUUAUCCCAACGCCCGCAAUUCUAUCAAAGAUUGUCCAGUCAACCGAGUCGUUGUUUCAGAGAGGAUUUCCGGGACCUGCUCGACCAUCAGGGAGAACCCUCGGUGGAGGCGCAUCUUCUGGCGCCAACACAUCAGGCGGUCCGCUUCCCGACUCUUGGCGGACACGGGGUCCAGGCCAGCGAUUGGGGUAA